CUUUCAUUGUUUAUUGAUACAAGUCGAAGAUACUAAUGCUUACCAUGUCAAUGACUUCCAAUCAACAAUAAUUUAAAGAAUGUGUUGCCACUUGGCGCUCAUAGAUGGUUGCGGUUUCUAUGGAUGUUGGUGGAACACUUCCUUCUUGAUGUGUAUGGGGGUUGCAAAGUGUCUGCAUGAUGAGAAUUUCUAACAGCCGCAGGUGUCUGCGUGAUCCAACAGCAACAUUCCAGCCGCACGUACAGUCAUACUGUAUUGAGUUAUUGCACAAACUGUUUAUCAUCUUCGGACGUUGUGGAAAACACGAAAUAUAUCUUGUUUUGAAGAUACUCCUAUUAGACUAUUGAUCCUAUUAGUGUGAUUCUCCUUCUCUGCCAAUUUCUUAACAGUUGGGCAAAACUUCAGAAUGUGCUCUGUGAAAGCUUCUGUGGCAGGGGGCUAGCAUGAUGGUGAAAACGUCGAAGGAGAUCUUUGGGCGGAAACACAGCUGGAACCUUGUGACCAGGAGGCUGGACAUUUAGUUUUGUGCGUCGGUAGAGAACCCAGCUGUAUGAUAAUUGUUGUCAUACAUUUUCCCCAGAUGGUUAUGGCAGUUUUUGCAUACAUAUACCACCAAUCGUUCAUCUCACCCCACAGUUUCUCUGUCGACGCAAUCUUGUAUCGGGUCCAUCGUAUCUACUGCACCUUGUUGAUUUUCAUUUGAUAUUAUUAUUAUCCCGUGUAUUGCUCGUGGUUCUCAUCCACCUCUGUCGUACCUUCUUUUGCCAUCAUCCAGAUCCUAGAAACCCGACGUACGACAGAGGAACUUGUAUGAACAACUGGGGGAGAUGUUAGGAAACUUAUGCAAAGCUAAUAAACUCUCCACUUGCUUAUGAAAAGCACACAAUACAAUACAGUCCUAGAUUCACAAGAAAAUUGCAAGUAUCUGGGAAGGAUGCACUAAUUGGAGCAAAAGUAUUAGGCAUCACGCAAGGGAGAAAUGGCCGGCGAAGACGAGCUGAAGCUGCUGGGUACGUGGGCGAGCGCCUGGGCUGCCAGGGUGAAAAUCGCGCUCCACCUCAAGGGCCUGAGCUACGAGUACGUGGAGCAGGACCUCGACAACAAGAGCGACCUCCUCCUCACGUCCAACCCGGUGCACAAGAAGGUGCCCGUGCUCAUCCACAACGGCAAGCCAAUCUGUGAGUCAGUCGUCAUUCUGGAGUACAUCGAUGAGGCCUACGGCACUACAGGCCCCUCCCUCCUGCCCGCUGACCCCUAUGAACGUGCCGUUGCUCGGUUCUGGGUAGACUACAUUGACCAAAAGCUAGUCAUCCCGUGGAAAGUGGCGUUCACGGCCGACGAAGAGGAGGAGAAGACCGAGGGGAUAAAUCAGAUGUUGGCAGCCGCGCACACGCUGGAGGGGGCUCUCAAGGAAUGCUCCAAGGGGAAGCCCUUCUUCGGCGGUGAUAGUGUUGGACACGUGGAUAUUGCAUUGGGUGGUCUACUGGCAUUUUUGCAGGGAACUGAAGAUCUAUGUGGUACCAAGCUCUUUGACAAAGCCAACACCCCACUUCUGCUGGCUUGGAUGGACCGCUUCGCCGAGCUGGAUGCAGCCAAGGUGGCCCUGCCGGACGUUGGCAAGUUGGUUGAGUUUGCCAAGACGAAGCGGGCUGAGAUAGCUUUGUCUAUCAAGAAGUGAACUAUGCUGUCACCCGAAUGGUUCAGAUCGGAGCAUAUUUAUUAAGUUAUGUUUUCUAAAAUACAUGUACCAGUAUAGUUGUGUAUUAUCUCGAGUUGGUGUCUCUGUCAAACAUAUCAUGCAUGGAAUAUUGUACUCCCUCCGUUCCUAAAUAUAAGUCUUUUAAACGAUUUCA